GCACUGGUAAAAAAUAAAGUGCAGGGAGUCAGAGGGAGAAGGAAACCCUAACCACACCACAUUCAGAAGAGCUGGAGAGCUGAAUCCAGAUCUCUGUUGCCUUUUCUGGGUGCAGGAUCCAGCAUGUGGGAAAUGCAGUAACAGACUAGAGAUGGCGGGUCCAGAGCUGGGAAAAACCUGCCCCACCCAUGUUGAGGGGGGUGUAGUAUUUUGGGGACAGUACUUGGCUGAGGGGCCUUCACCAUAGCUCUGGAGAUUUAAAUCUUGAACUGGGAGAAAUGUCUUGGAAGUCAUGGCUGGGAAUAUUGCUGUGCUCUUGGGGCUGGAGCAAGGAGACUGUUUCAUUUCAAGAUUUUUAGCCUCCACAAAUGUUCUUCCUCUGGCUAAGUAGGUCUUUAACCAAGGUCCUCUCUCAGAUCUCCUUCUCUUGCCUCCCCUGUUGCUUCACUGGGCCAGCUCUUUCCUCCUGGCCUUGCAGGUCAAGUCUAGAUCUCUGUGCUUGUGUCUGAUUUAAUGCACCCAGGUGUCCCUGUCUCCAGUCUCUACCUCUGCUCCAGUCUGUGCCUACACAUCCAACUCUGGCUCCUCCCUGGCUCCUAGAUCAUUCUGUGGCCCUUCCUGAAGAAUAGAUACCAGCACAAGUGGGUGAAAACUGGCAAAAUCGUAAGCCUCAGGAUCUUUGCACCUGAGGUGUCAGAGGGUGCUCCUGUCCCUUCCUUUUGCCUCCAGACUGCCCAAGCCGAGGAGCAAUGGGGAGGGGUGCAGAGCAGCCACUUCAGCUGCCCUUUCUCACAACCAGGCUUGGAGGAGAGAUGUUUGCUACUCACCUGACAAAACCAGGACCUGCAGUUCCCAGCUUGGCUUUAACCUUUCAGAUGGAGUGAAGAGAAACAGCUUUUUGGCCAGAAGCAACUAAAUACCAAGACAGUAGAGAGACUGCUCACAAGGUGACAGGACCGUGGGUGACAUGCAGAGCAGCAGCCAUCAUCAGGAAAGUCCUGUGAGAGCUGAACUGCAUCUGUGUUCCCCCAGGAAGCUCACAGGAGAUACCUUGCAGGACACCGACCAAAGACAAGACUGCAAGCAGGAGUUGGAGACGGAAAGUGAGAUGGACACAUCUUUUACAAAGAGACAAGGAAUGGUAACUCCCUAUGGGAUGGAAAUCUGGGAGUGCGAGGACAGCGGUAGAGGCCACAUCAGCAAGGUUAUCCUUGCUGGGGACAAGCCCGACCCACCCACGUGUGGGAAUGGUGCCAUUUGGAUUCACCAGGUGGGAGAGAAAACCUAUGAGUGUCCUGAAUGUGGGAAGAGCUUCAGCCGGAGUUCUUAUCUGAGCCAACACCAGAGGAUCCACCUGGCAGAGAAACCCUUCAGCUGCUCUGAAUGUGGGAAGAGUUUCACCCGCAACUCGGACCUGAUCAAACAUCAGCGGAUCCACACUGGUGAGAAACCCUACCAGUGCAAUGAAUGCAAGAAGACCUUCAGCCAGAGGUCCAACGUGAUCAGGCACCAGCGGACCCACACGGGAGAGAGACACUACCUGUGCAACGAGUGCGGGAAGAGCUUCAGCCAGAACUCGCAUCUCAUUGUCCACCAGCGCAGCCACAAGGGUGAGAAACCCUUUAAUUGCCUCCGGUGUGAGAAAAGCUUCAGUGACCGUUCCUCCCUGAUCAUACACCGGAGAGUCCACACCGGAGAGAAGCCCCACAAAUGCCAAGAGUGCGGGAAGUGUUUCCGGGACAGCUCGGCCAUCAUUCGGCAUCAGAGGAUUCACACGGGAGAGAAACCGUACGAGUGCACCGAGUGUGGGAAAACCUUCCGGCAGAGCUCCUCGCUGGUGACCCACACACGGACACACACGGGCGAGAAGCCCUACAAGUGCCCUGUGUGCGGGAAGGGCUUCAGCCAGAGCUCGGCGCUCACCACUCACCGCCGGAUCCACGGUGGGAAGGCCCUGCCCAUGUACCACGGCGGCCUCCUGCCUAACCCCUUCCAGUGCACCGAGUGCGGCCGGAGGUGCAGCGACCACUCCACCCUGGCCAAGCACCAGAGCACACACGCCGAGGAGCGGCCCUUCAUCUGCGUGGAGUGCGGGGACAGCUUCCGGCGGAGCUCGGCUCUCAACGUCCACCUGCGGAUCCACCGUGGGGAGAGACCCUACAAGUGCGAGGAGUGCGGAAAAACGUUCAGGCACAGCUCAGCCCGCUGUGCCCACCUGAGGAUCCACGCAGGAACCAAGCCCUACGAGUGCGUCGAGUGUGGGAAAAGCUUCCGGAAAAGCUCAACACUUAAAGUGCAUCUGAAAAUCCAUGUGGCCAAGAAGCCCUAUAAAAGUGUGGUGGGUAGAAGAGUGCUCACUUUCCGCUCACUUCUGCCAUAAGCCUGGAGUGGGUGUUCAGAGCAGGAAACUAGUGUUGGGGCUACCUUAAAAAGGUGGGUAAUGAGAACCAUGGUGUGAAGAGACUGACUGGAGACACAGCAUCUCUGGUGUUAGGGCUGGGUGCUAAACCCCAGUGGCACAAGAACUAUUAGGAGGUCUGGAAACAGGGAGUUAGUCCUAAGAGCUGAGUGCUGGUGGUUUAGGAAGAGUGCCAGGAAUGUGAGGAAUGAGCACCAGCUUCAGGGUAAAUCAGGGACUGAGAAUAUGUGGUAGAAUAACAGCUGGGAGAAUUGGGCUUGUAAAAUACAACAGAAGUGAAGAUCGUAAUAAAAUGUUUCAGGUUGGUUCUGGCUCAAAACUUUAGCUCGUUAGACACUGUAGUAGUCUUAGGAACUGAGCUCUCUUAUUAUUACCUUCCCUUAUUUUUCAUGAAUAUAGCAGUUUACCCAGUGUUUGACAAGGCAUUUUCAAAUCUUUUGAGUCUGAGACUUUGGAGCUGAACUUCAGUCUAUUUUGUCUUUUCCAAAUCUUACGUGGGACAAUGAGUUCCUACCUCAUGAUAGGUGAGUAUGUACCCAGAAAACAUGGAUGUGGAAGCGUUUCCAUUUGAAAAGCAGCCCAUUAAUAGUCUGUGACAGCUUCUCCCAGAUUUCUUCUUACUGAUUUGAAACUCCUUCUGCUUGGGACAUAAAUGAAACAUGGACAAAAAUGUGGCCUUUUUUUAUUUAACCAAAAAACCAGGAUUUUCCCCCUAGAUGUCCCAGUCUGAAAUGUUACGUGGUGAGUUCUUACUGCUGGUCCAGAGACUGACUGCAGUUCUGUAGUCCUUUUUACACUACUCUUCUUUAGCUCACCGUUGUUUGAAAAGUAUUAACAUAUAAAGUUCAGCACCGAACAGGUAGGAACGACUAUAUUUGCAUUUAUUACUGUGCCAACGACCGUGUAUUACAUAAACCUGUAUUGCAAUGUUUUGUUACUGCAUGUUUCCAUCCUGAAUAAAACGUUUCAUUCUCUCCUG